AUUGAUAGUCUACCAAUUUAUCUCGCGGAGGCACAGCGGCGCGUCCUCGCGUGAUUUAUAAAGAUAGUAAAAGCUAUUAAACUGGGGAGUAUUCCGUAUAAUUCACUUGGGAAUUCUGCCGAGUUCUGUGAUCGUUUUGCCCAAGCGAUGGCGAUCGACUCAGGGCGCUCGCAGCAGUCCGGCUCGGACACAUUCAUCCUCACGAAUGACAACAAUAAGUGGAAGACUGCUGCUUGCCGCCAGGCUAUGGUCAACAAGAUGCAGAGCAUCAUAGAAGAGACUGGCUUGCAUGAGUACUCCGCAGCGGAUCUGGAGGACAGCAUCUACCAGAACUCCAAGACCAAGCCGGAGUACGUCAUCAUGCUGGUCUACAUGAUGCAGCAGCUCAAGAAAAUGUCGGCAAACCAGUCAGGCGACGCGAUGGCGGAGGACAACGACUUCAUGGUGGACGCCGCCACCUUCACCGACUUCAUUUAAACCAUCAAUACAAUAAACAGACGACUGCAUUUGUUAGUUAGUAACCAUUGGACGAAACAAGCUAAAACGACCUUUAUUGCAAACCAACUAAGGCUUAAAUUAUAGAAAGAUAGUACUCAAGCGGAGAUCUGUGCUCAAGCAUAGUUAGAAAGGGAUGCACGUAUAUAUUGAAUGUAUUUGCAUCCCUUUUUAACUGUAUUUGAAAAGAGAACUCCGCUUGAGUUUCGUUCUAUACUAGAGUGCCUAGUCCAAGUUUGUUUAAGUCCACUGAUUGGUAAGUUAAUUGAAGCUGGCCAAUCAGAGCGCUGAACGUCAUAAACGUAUCGAUCGCGUUGCCCUAUCACAAACGGGCACUAGGCCUUAAAAAUUAACGAAUCGAAUUUAAAGUCCAAUGGCGAUAAAGUAUACGAGAUUGCUGACAUCCAGAUGGUGCGUAGUAGGUUUUAGAAUGACAAGGAAUGUUCGGCCAAAUCAUUUUUUACAAAGGGGGGGUAACAUUGGUCUAAUUAUCUAUUAAGGGGAUGGGAGAUUAUGGGGGGUGAAACGGAAAAAGGGUAUAGAUAGGAAAACAAAUUCUGAAAUUGAGGGGAGGUGUGCCUUGUAAAAUGAAGGGUUUUUUGUUAAGAAAGGAAAGAUAUACUAAUCAAUGCAGACUUCUGUCUCUUUCUAACUGUCUUUACUGUGUUUGGAAUAAAAAUCUGUCAAAAUUAAACAUUUUUCGACCUUCAA